AUGCAUGAAAUGCUUCCGGGUGAAACCAUCAUCGAUCGAGCAGUUUAUGGGGGAGCUGCCAGCGCCACGUGUUACUGUAUCCCGACCGUUUUCUCAGACCGGCGUAGAUUAUUGUGGGCCAUUUUUUGUCCGGCCAGCACCUCGCCGCCCAGUGGUAAAAUGUAUGUCGCUGUGUUCAUUUGCUUGUGUACCAAGGCGGUGCACCUCGAACUUGUUUCGGACCUGACUACUGACAGGUUCAUCCAAGCCCUGCGACGAUUCUCGGCCAGAAGAGGAAAAUGCGAAGAUUUGUACUCCGACAAUGGCACAAACUUCGUUGGAGCGCGGAACAAGUUGAAGGAAUUGGACGAGCUACUAAGAACGAAGGAACAUCGUGAGGGUGUGGCGAGACACUGCUCGGAACAAGGGACACGAUGGCAUUUUAACCCGCCGAGUGCUCCUCACUUUGGAGGCCUAUGGGAGGCCGCGGUACGGUCCGCCAAGAUUCAUCUUGUGAAAGUAGUAGGAGAAACGCCGUUAUCACCCGAGGAUUUUACCACGUUGCUCGUACAGAUAGAGGGUUGUUUAAAUUCCAGACCGUUGACGCCAAUGUCGGACGAUCCCAACGAUCUGGAGCCAUUAACACCGUCGCAUUUUUUGAUUGGUUCCAGUCUGCAAAGCUUACCGGAUCCUGAUUUGGAAAAUGUCAAACUUAACCGGCUGGAUCGUUUCCAAUUAAUGCAGAAGCUGCUCCAAGAUUUUUGGAAGAGAUGGCGGCGUGAAUACUUGUGUCAGCUCCAAGGGAGAAAUAAGCGAUGGAAACCACCGAUUAAGGUCGAUAUUGGUGGGCUAGUAAUAAUUCGGGAGGAUAACCAACCUCCAAUGAAAUGGAAAUUAGGCCGUAUCACUGCUGUCCAUCCUGGUACCGACGGGAUUCAGUUGCUGUGGCAGUCGGUAGCAGAAGAGAGUAAGGACGUCGCUAUCCUGGUGGACCCGUACUGCAUCCCCGCGGAUAAUGAGACCUGGGCAGCGGAUAGAUCCAAAUCAGCGGCGAUUUGUACGACGGAAGAUACCCGAUCCAGGAAGUGCUGA